AUGUUACUUAGCGCGUUGAUCUCCAUCACCAUUCUAUUCACACUCACUUCACCAGCCAUCUCUCGUUACUCUUCCCCUUCACCCCCAGCCGCUCCAUUUUCCGAAUCUCCCGACGAAUGGCUAUCCGCACGCGCCACCUACUACGCCUCCGCCGACAACCCCAGGGACGCGGUGGGCGGCGCGUGCGGCUACGGCGACCUCCUCAAGGCCAGUUACGGCAUAGCCACCGCCGGCCUCAGUGAAGCACUCUUCGGCCGCGGCCAGAUCUGCGGCGCGUGCUUCGAGCUCCGCUGCGUUGAGGAGGAAACACUCUUCGACCGCCGGUGGUGCAUCUCCGGCACCUCCGUCAUCGUCACCGCCACGAAUUUCUGCGCCCCCAACUACGGCUUCGACGCCGAGAGUAACGGCGGGCAUUGCAACCCUCCAAAGCAGCAUUUCGUGGUACCCAUUGAAGCUUUCGAGAAGAUCGCAAUCUGGAAGGCUGGGAACAUGCCUGUAAAGUAUAGAAGGAUAAAGUGCAGAAGGGAAGGGGGAAUCCGAUUUACAAUUACUGGUUCUGGUAUCUUCGUUUCUGUGCUGAUCAGUAAUGUAGGUGGCACCGGAGACAUUGUUGCUGUGAAGGUUAAGGGUUCAAGAACUGGUUGGCUUCCUAUGGGUCGGAACUGGGGCCAAAACUGGCAUGUAAGUGCCUUGCUACAGAAUCAACCUCUUUCAUUUGAGGUUACUAGUAGUGAUGGGAUAACAGUUACAUCUUAUAAUGUUGCUCCCAAGGAUUGGAGCUUUGGACAAACUUUUGUAGGGAGGCAAUUUGAGUCUUAA